AUGAACGAAAUGGAGAACAACACUUGCUUACCAUGUUUGAGAUUCUCCAGCACUUGGUCGAGAUUUGCAGAGCUUUCAUCUUGCACGGAAACGAUUCCUAGAAUCUUGGAAACGUUUGGCUCUGACUGGCUUGCUAAACUCGACACCACCGAGAUAAAGUCACUGGCAUCUUUUUGGCGAAGAAUGGUGUUUGUUAGCUGCGAAAGAGCGUCGGAAUCAAAUGAGGCUGCUUUUGAGAACUGCACUAGCAGUCGAAUGGUAACGUCAACGUCUGAGACAACGAUCUUGGACAGGGUUUUAUUGAAGAUAUCGCAAACAAGAACCGCAUUGUCUGGGACAAUCUUUCCCGCUUCACUAGCAGAAACCAACUUCUGGUACACGAUUCUGGCAUUUGUUUCGUCGAGGAGAAGAGAGAUGGAAUCCAAUGUCUUUAAACUUUGA